AGGUUUGACACUUCUGUUGCCCUACCUGAUUCAGACGAGAAGUGAGUGGUCCAACUGUAAACUGAGAGUAUUCACGCUGGCCAAUAAGAAGGAUGAACUCCAAUUCGAGCAAAGAAAUAUGGCAAGUCUUUUGGCGAAAUUCAGAAUCGAUUAUUCCGACCUGAAAUUGAUUCCCGAUAUAACAAAGAAGCCUCAAGAGGAGACGACCUUGUUUUUCGAGAACCUCAUUAAAGACCUGAAAGCACCUGAAAAUGAUGAGGAGGGCAAAGAGGAGGAUCAAGGCUAUAUAACUGAAGCCGACCUGAUGGCCACAAAGGAUAAGACAAACCGACAUCUGAGACUCCGCGAGCUCCUGCUGGAGAACUCAACAGAUGCCGAACUGGUUGUCAUGACCCUGCCAAUGCCUCGCAAAAGUGUGGUGCCGGCUGCUCUGUAUAUGGCGUGGCUGGAGCUGCUUACCCAUGACAUGCCUCCAUUUCUGCUCGUCAGAGGCAAUCAGCAAUCUGUACUCACCUUCUACUCGUAGAUAUCUACCAGGAUAUCUCUGCCUAUCCACUGGGUAUCUUCAAGAUUUAUCCAUCUACUCACUAUAUAUCUGCCUAUCUGCUAGAUACCUAUCCUCCAUUGGAUAUCUGUCCGCUAGAUAUCUCCAUCUAUCCACCAGAUUUAUCUGCCUAUCCACUAGAUAUCCUCAUCUCUCAACUAGAUUAUUUUACCUAUCCUUAGAUACAUUUGCCUACUUCUUGUUUACUCUCCGAAAGAGUAUACUCUUAACCUGUAUGUAUGGUUCAAUCUGUCUUCAAUUUUAUAUUAUUAUAUUAAGAUUGAUAUAAUAUGUAAGUGUAUUUCUAGAUAGCCUACAUGUUAUUUCUGUGUUAGAUAUAGUAUUUAGAAUGUAUCUAAACAACAUACUAUUCAAGAUUGUCAACAAUAUUCUUGACAAGCCAUUUGCACAAGUGUUGAUCAGACAUUAAUAUCCAUAUUCGUAUGUAUGGCUUUUAUUGGUGGGGAGUCCCUGACGGAAGUUCCACCUUAUCUGAAUAUAUCAUUUAAGCCUUACGACUGUCAUACUUCAGCCGGGACCGACAGUUCAACGUGCCCAUCCGAUAAUAUCACGUUUUAUUUAUCCUCAAAAACUGAUCCCAGAUUGAAAAUAACUAGAUUUUAAUAUAAGAAAUCGCUGGUAAAUCUAUACAUAAUCUCUUCAUUGUCAUAAAUUAGGCUUGACUCACUCACAUUAUCUGUCAUACAUGAUAGAUGUCAACAGUAUUGUAUGCAAGCUAUGCUGUGGUAAGGUAAUACCAUAGAGAAACAAUAGCGUAAGUAGAUAUCCCAUGGUAUGGGACGUUUAUGUCGCAACUCUUACUGUUAUCUCAAGUCGAUAGUUCAUGUAAUUCUUUCCUGUGAAGC